AAAUAUUGAUAUUAAAAUUCAUAAUAAUUUGCGAUAUAAAACAGAAUUGAUAUAGUAUAGUUAUCAUAACCAUAGCCGGUACUUAUUUUCUAAGGAAGUUGUUUAUUUAAUUUAUUGUUGACAAUAUUUUGUAAAUAUUUCUUUAAAAGAAACUAUACUUUUAAAAUGUUUUUAAAAUUCUACCAAUUAAACAGUGUCCGAAAUUGUAUUCAAAUUCCGAUCAAUAAUUAUGCAACAGUUGGGAUUAUGUCAUUGGGUAAAUCCAAAAAAAAAUUGGGUAAAGGUGGUCCCGUUUCAGAAAAAACAGAAAUUCCAGUCGAAACAGAUGCUAAAAAAUUAAUCAAAUAUGUUUGUGGAAGUAAUAUUUUAAAAGAAGGAGGAGAAGAUAUAAAAUUAAAACCAGAUUCUGAGUAUCCAGAAUGGUUAUGGAAACUUAACAUAACUGGACCUGUGCCUCUUGAAGAAUUGGAUCCUAAUACAAAACAAUAUUGGUUAAGGAUUCGUAAACUCGGAAUGAGGAGAAACAACCUAUUAAAUAAGUUAAAACGUUUUUAAAGAUGUUUUAAGUUAAAUAGUUUUAAUAUUAUUAUUUUAUGUCUUAAUUUGUAUUUAUUUAUAUAAAAUAAUACAUUAAUUAUCAUAUUAAAUAAUUUAAUACCUUAAUUAUUAAGGUAUUAUAAGAA